GGCACCACUGCGCCCGGUGGCCUGGCGGCGGUUCAUGUUCCCACACUAGGUGUUCCGCUGGCCUGCGGUGAGGUGCCUUCUCCAAGAGGGGCAGCGGGUAAGGAGAAAUGGCCACAAUGUUGCUACCAGCCCAGGAUCAGGAGUCUGUGACAUUCAGGGAUGUGGCUGUGUCCUUCAGCCGGGAUGAGUGGCUGUGCCUGGACUCUGCACAGAGAACCUUGUACCGGGAGGUGAUGUUGGAGAACUUCAACAUCCUGGUCUCUCUGGGGAUUAUGUUUUCCAAACCAAAGGUUAUCUUCCAGCUACAGCAAGGGGAAGAUCCCUGGAUGGUGGAAAAUGGAGUUUCUCAUGGCGCAUGUCUAGGCUCAGAUGAAACACAUCUUCCUCAGACAAGCAUCGCCUACCUCCCUUAGGAGGUUAAAUCCCACUGGUUGUGCGGUCUCCUGGUGCCACGAGUCUCCCCUUCCCAGCACUUCAUCCCAGUUGGGCUUGGAGCA